CAAGCUCCAAGCAACCAUAUCCAUCUUCAAAUUCUUCAAUUACAUCUUUCAGCACUCAUCAAAAGCAAAAAAAAAAACUUUUACAUCUCUUGUUAAUCAUUAGUCUCUUUGCAAAAAUGGGUCUUAUGCGUUCAAUGGUCUCACAAUCAAAGCAAAUUCUCAAACUACAACAAUCUCUUAGAAACCAGUUAUCUCAAUCAUCGCCGGUAGUUCCUAAAGGACAUUGUGCUGUUUACGUUGGAGAAACCGAGAAGAAGAGGUUUAUUGUUCCUCUAUCUUACUUGAACCAUCCUUCAUUCCAAAACUUGUUAAGUUGUGCAGAAGAAGAGUUUGGGUUCGAUCAUCCAAUGGGAGGACUUACAAUUCCUUGCAACGAAGAUGCUUUCAUUGAUCUGACUUCUCAACUGAAUUCUUUUUGAGGACUUAGAUUAAUCAGUUGGUAGUUUCAAUAGCUUAACUGUAGACAUUUUUUUUUCUUUUAGCAAAGGGUUGUACUCUGACUCAUGUUAACAUACUACUUUUAUUCUUGGGAAGAGUUUAAUUGAUAUACUCUCCAAUUGAAAGUACGGAUUAUUACAAAAUUUUCUCAUUUCGAUAA